AUGGAAGAAGCUGGACAAUGUCGAUCACCAGAUAAAAUUAGGGAAAUUUACGGAACCUUUAUAUCAUCUUGCGGCCUUACUAAACCUCAAACUGUAUGGGAUAAGUACAAGAAGGACAUGGUGGAAGAUAUUUUGCGGCGAUUGCAGCGAAUACAUGCACAUAUGAAUUUCAAUGAGCACAUCUAUAAUGAAGCACUGAUUAUAAUUGAAAACAAGAUUUUCACACUGAUGGGGAAGAAGCUUCAAGAUUUUGGAAUUCUUAGUCCACGACGAUCAGACAAAAAUUACUUUAAUGAUGAAAUUGCUCAAGAAUUCGAUUACAAUUUCAUUGCAUUGCAGCAGAAAGUGACAGAAUUAGUCCCUCAAUUACUUCCAAUACAAAGUUACGUGUUCCAUCAGGUGUUACGUAAAAUAGAAUCCCGAAAUGGUGCAUUUUUCUUUCUCGGCGCUCCUGGAAGAUCUGGGAAAACGUUUUUGCUAAAUUUAUUAUUAAUGUCCGUCAGAAAAGACCAGAAAAUAGCAGUGCUGUGGCUUCUUCUGGUAUACCUACUACAAUUUUGA